UCACCGUCUAAAAAGGGAGACAACCACGGAGCCCCACACUUUUAGACUCUUAUCACUCCCUCAACCCGAAACCUAAACUCCCACCUCGUAGGAAUUCACGAAAGGAAAUAUUUCUGACCACGAGGACGAGGCUCAAAGGACACCUCCCCCAAAUAUGAGACCACCCGCUUGGGUGUCAAGGGUCAAAGGGUGUCAACCAGGGUCCACUGAGAGAAUUUAGCAGAGGUUAGACAGAAUACGUCAUAGUAAAGUUUCACUUGGCCUGACAUUGGAUUCACUCUGAGGUACUUGGAUCAUUCUGCCAUGUGCAUGCAGACAUCAGCCACCCUGUAGUGUGUGUGUGUGUGUGUGUGUGUGUGUGUGUAUAAAACUGUGCAUUGAAAGUUACCUAUUGGUGCUGGCUGUGUGAAUAUAAUGUUUUAAUACUUAAGUAGCCAACACCAGUCUAACAAGCUGGACAGUUUAUGCUUAAACAUUGAAUUAAGGUGCUCUGGCAAAACUCUUUAACCUGGCUAGCCCUCAUCUGGACUCAGGCUGACAGGAACAUCCACCGGGGUUGGGAGUAGGGUCUCGAAAGGCAAUAUGGAUACAGUCAUUCGUCCACAUGUGCCCUCUAAUGGCUGACAUUAACACAACAACACUACCCAGUCGUCUUUCCCAGAACCAGGCAGGUAUGCCCACUCUUCUUUAGAGCCUCUCUGCGUCCACUUACAAAUUCCAAAUGUCCUGCCUCAGGCGUCAGCCUGUCACCAUCCCCAUGGACACGGUCAAGAUCAUCCAGUCUGAGAAGUUCCCCAGAGAGUGCACGGUGCCCGUCACUCAGCCUCGCUUCGCCCCGCCCCCCAGAGUGGCAUGGGAUGGCGGUGGUGAAGGGGAGAUCAUUGUCAACCAGGCUUGCAGCGACCUAACGCUUGACAUGACGGUGGCGACCCCCAGGCCCAUGGUGUCCCCCCAGGUCCCCGUUGCCCGGAGGGAGCAAAGUUUCUUAGCGCAGCGCAAAACCAGUGCCAACGAGAUCUGCUACCACCAGUUUCACUACAAGAUGGAUGACGUGAUUGUCAACCAAUAUGUUCUACGCUCCUCCUCCACGUCCUCAUCUUCGUCCUCGACCUCUUCGGGGCCCCCCAUGCCCUGCGAGCCCCUGGACUGCCCCACCUGCGGCCACACCUACAACUUCGCCGGCAAGCGCCCUCGCAUCUUGUCCUGUCUGCACUCGGUGUGCGAGGAGUGCCUGCAGAUCCUCUACGAGUCGUGCCCCAAGUACAAGUUCAUCUCCUGCCCCACAUGCCGCCGCGAGACCGUGCUGUUUACCGACUACGGCUUGGCAGCUCUCGCCAUCAACACCAGCAUCCUGAGCCGGCUUCCCGCCGACCCCAACGGGCCCGUGCAGUGGGGCGGGGACGCCGACCGCAGUUGCUACCAGACUGUGCGCCAGUACUGCCAGUCGGCCUGCACCUGCCACAUUGUCAACCCGCUGUCCUCCUGCGGCAUCAUGUAGACAAAAUGCGGGCGCCACGUAACGCUGCUCAGCCACACCUUUGUCGACUAUAAGCUCUUCCCUACCCCUCACGCGCACACACAAACAGUCAAUACUCCCUCCACAGAUGACGUAUCUCUAUAUAUUUAAUAGGACAGAUGGAUGCUGUGUGGGACUAAUGGAUGCCGACAAUUCAAUAGAUAGCAAUUAUAUGUAUUUUACGUAUGGACUGCAAUCCUGUUCACCCUCUCGUUUGGUUGGAUGUGUUUGUCAUCUCUUUUCAUGGGAAUGCCAAGGGAGGUCAAU